AUGCUCAAGAGUCCAAUGCAUUUCUGGCAAGUUGCUGUCUUUUCUGCAUUGUCCAGCUCUGUCGCUGUAUGCUUGAUAGUGGUUGGUUACAUACAUGAUGGACCAGUUUGUGCGCAGGACGCUCCGGAACGUGCGUUUAACAUGCAGAACUUCUUCAUGGCUUACGGAACUAUAGCCUUCGCAUUUGGUGGUCAUUCCGUCUUCCCAACAAUACAACAUGAUAUGAAGAAACCACGUCUUUUUGGCAGAUCUGUAUGGGUGGCAUACAUACUUAUUGUUCUGUACUACUUAUGUAUCGCCAUCGGUGGUUAUAUAGUAUAUGGUGCAUCCGUUGGAGAUGCUGUCAUACAUUCUAUUCAAUGGCAAUGGGUACAGCAAACGGUGAAUGCAAUGGUUGCACUGCAUGUUAUUACCACAAUUGUUAUUGUAUUUUCUCCUCUGACACAACAAGUGGAAGAUCUCCUUCAAAUUUCUCACGAUUUUGGAUGGCAAAGAUUUUUCGUUCGUUCGUUCUUAUUUUGGACCCUCAUAUUCGUGGCACUAUCCGUGCCAAACUUUGGUCCAUUUUUAGAUUUGAUUGGCGCUUCGACUAUGUCAAUAAUGACUAUGAUUAUGCCAAGCAUAUUUUACUUAUAUUUGAAUGCAUCGAAAGCUAAGAGACAAGUAAUGUUUGAGAAGGGCGAAAUGAGAAAUGAUUCGGAUGAAGUCAGAGCUAAUUUCUCGGAAUUAUUCACUUACCUACCUCGACGGACGCUGAUAAUCAAUUGCCUUUCCCUCACUUUCGGAAUUGUGGGCGGUACUGUAGCCACCAUAUAUUCCCUUAUCAAAAUGAUUGGAACAGAUGUAUCACCACCGUGUUACAUCCAAUAUUUCAGAGAAGGACUUCCAUUCGUAUCAGCUAUCUCAGGGGGUGUGAAUUGUUGUGGAGCUUUCCACAAUGUCACUGUAUCUGGAAUCGACCCUGAAGGUUUUUGUGCAGCAUCUUGA